GGGAAGAGAGGGAGGGAGAGUGAGAGAGGGGAAGGGAAGAGCAGAUCACAGCAAGGCAGAGAAAAGAGAGUGCGCAGAAUUAAGCUCUUUCUUCCAAUUUGGUAGCUUGCGAGUGAAGAAGCUGAGGCGCAGAUUCAGAGGAGAUAUUCGGGAACAUGCAAGGUACAUGCUGAUCAGAGGAAAUAUGUUGACACUGCCAUUCGAGGAACCUCAUUUAAUGUGUGAGCCGCGGUUUGGUGCCAAUUAUCCCCGUGAAAGCUUACCUGAGAGCCUGGAGCAGGAGCGACAACAUAACCCUGACAGAUCCAACUCAGACAUGAGGGAGGUCGAGGACGACAUCUCCGACAGAGAUGAGGACGAGAGAGAGGACGAUCAGGAUGAAAACGGGCUUCCUAAAAAGCGAGGCCCCCGAAAAAAGAAACCGGGCAAAGAGCAGGUUGACAGGUCCAAACUCAGGCGCCAGGAAGCCAACGCCCGAGAGCGCAGCCGGAUGCACGGCUUGAACGCUGCGCUAGAGAGCCUGCGCAAAGUUGUGCCGUGCUACUCCAAAACUCAGAAACUGUCCAAGAUUGAGACCCUCAGACUGGCUAAAAACUACAUCUGGGCCCUGUCAGAGACUCUGAGCGCAGGGAAGAGACCGGACCUCCUCGCCUUCGUACAGACUUUGUGUAAAGGAUUAUCUCAACCAACGACCAAUUUGGUGGCGGGUUGUUUACAGCUGAACGCGAGAAACUUCCUCACAGACCACAACGGAGAGGUGAUGUUCUCUGGGAGGGCGCCCUACGAUGCCAUGUACUCGUAUCCUGGGUCAGACAUGAACACCCCCCCCGGCCACAGCGGGAGCAGCUUGGAUAGUAGCGCCAAGCCGUUCCGUCACUACAGCUACAGCAGCGCCUACGAACCCUACUACGAGAACCAGUCCCCGGAGAGCGGGAGUCCGCAUUUCGACGGCCAGCUGAGCCCACCAAUGAACUUUAACGGGAUUUUCUCCCUAAAACACGACGACCCGCCAGAGUACGGCAAAAAUAGCCACUAUGGCAUGCGCUACUGCAGUGCGCCAGGGCGCACGGCUCUUGCGCACAACUCCAUGUACCGAGUCUCCCCAGAGGCCCGUUUCCCUUACGAUCUGCACGUCCGCAGCCAGUCCUUCCAAGCACAAGGAGAAGUUAAUGGCUCUUUCCACAAUUAAUCAAUCAGCUGGACAAAGUUCAAGCUUGAGAAGCGAUGCAAUUUCCCCCCACAGAUGUCGUGAGUGGAAUGAAAUUGACUCAGACAGGCUGAUGCACUGCAAAAAUGCCAACUGAAACAAGUCAUUUUUUGUGUGUUUUGAAAGAUGAUACGAAGCCAGAAUUUCAGAUGAAAGGGAUUCACAAGUUUCUUGUUGUUGUUCAGUUUCAUUCGUCUCAAUAUAGACUUUAAACACACACACACACGCACACCACCACCACCUGAAGGUUUUGUUUCGUAAAAAAAAAAAAAAGGGGGGGGAGAUCUGUCUGAAGGCCCAAAUUCAUGAUUUACUGGUACAGUGUAGAGCAUUUGUUUUCAAACAGAUGUGGUCUAAAAUAAUUAAUUGAAGGUGCAGAUUUGGAGUAAAUCGUUUGCAGUUACAGUGCACUAUUUGUACGUGUUCGUUAAUGGCCAUAGUGCAGAUGUCGCUAAUUGAGUUUACAUAAAGCCGAUAUGAUUAAUUAAAAUUUCUUCUUAUUUGAAAACAUUACUGCAGUCAGUUAAAACGCUUUUUGAGACAAAACAAAAGAAACAAAAGUAAAACAAAUAAAAGUUUAUCGGGGACGUUUACUGAGACAUGAUUGGAGUUCAGAGAUUCAGUCUCCUAGCAAUAAAGGUCAAUUUAGCUAUGCAAGGCAGCCAAAUGCAAUCUUUGCUUAUUAAAAAUAAUAUAUGUCUACUUCUCCUCACAAGGCGUCCCGCUCAAUCUAAGAUUAAUUGAAAAGACGGCAAUUACAGCCACAUAGAUAUUUUAUAGAAAGCCAGUGAAUUCAGGAGAUAUGUCAUCCAAUGAUGUCAUCCGGAUUGCUCCUAUAAAUACAGGAAGUUGCGGGGGGAAAACACGUCACAGCUGAACGCUUUCGUAUUUGGAGAGGUGAGUGUGUUAUCGCGGUGAAUGUAAAUUUUUAUUGUAUUUAUUUAUUUGAGCUUAUUUAAUGAAGUCCGUCAAAUUGAAUGUGAAUAAUAUAUUAUAAAAAUAUUGUAAAAAAAAAUCAAUAGUGUUGACUCUUAUGUGCAUUUCCACGCAUUUAAAGUUUGUUUACGUUGCAUUGCAUUGUGAUAAAUUUCACCACAAGCUGAAAGUCCAGCAAUGGCAGCAGAAAUGCAUUUUUUGUCAGGUGAACAAAAUGCAUCAAAAACUAUAUGAAUCCUAACAACAUGCCUUAAAAAGAGACGAUGACCAUCAAUAUGCAACGAAAUGAAAGUUUUGGAUAGUUUGAUGUGAACUUUUUACUCUUCCUUGUUCCUCCCGAGGAGCAGCUGUGAUGCACUUCAUGUACUUCUGCACAAUGUUGGUAACUGCUCAUAAAUUCUGUUGAUUUUGUAA